AAAAAGUGAUUUUAUAAUACGGACGAAAAGUUAUAAUAAAAGUGAUUUUAUAAUAAUUUAUGAAGUAAUUUAAAAUUAUGAUAGAUUAAAAAAUAUUAUAAACGAAAAAAUAAUGAAAGACUUAUGAGAUCAUUAUAAUUUUUUUUUUGUUUUGAAUUAUAAUGACAAUAAAUUUCACUAUUUUCUGAUAAAUAAUAUUAUAUUUUUAAUAUUUAUUUUAAUUCAAAUGUUUUGUUUUAUAAUAUUCUUAAUUAAACUAACUUAUUUAAGGUUUUUUUUUGCGAAUAUGAUUCAAAAUUUGAAGUCAUUCCUAAAGUAAUUCAUGCUUUUUUUUGUGAUGUAAUUGUAUAUUCCCUUUAUAUGUAUGUUUUGUAAAAUUUUGUUAAGAGAAGUAUAUAAUAAUGUUUAUGGGUUUUGAGAAUUUUAGAGUGUCGAAGGAUUAUUUAUGUUAAGAUUAGUUAUAUUUGAGUUAAAAUGUUUUAAUGAGGGGGUUCAUUGAAUGAUUUAAUGUGAUAGUCAAUGAGGAUACAUGAAUCCAACCGACUUCCAUAACGGUUCCAAAAUUCAACCAAGGGUAGAAGAAGUGGAAUCGAACAGCCAAAUACGAUGCCUUCCAACUGACCUUGAUCGGAAUUCAGCGUGGCCGGUGCAGCAAAUCUUCAUUGGCUAUAGGUUUUAACCAGAGUUGUUAAAACGCAGCAGAUUUGUCUUUCGUUUGUCGACAUUAUUUUUGGAGAAGAAGCCGUCUCAUGUGGGACCUUCUCAUGUGUUACCUUACCGCCCAAAAACCCAAUUAUGUUAAGUCCAAAACACUGGUCUGAAAUAUUUAUUAACAAAAAGAGAAAAAUCCAUUAAUAAUUGUGAUUAAAUGAAACAGUGAGUAUCAUCCAACCCGGACACGUGUCGACCUGUCAGGAACUAACUUUAUGAAGUGGUAAAGCAGGAGUGAUGCGAACAUAUUUAUAUAUAUAUAUAUAUAUAUAUAAUUACUAUAUUUUAAAAAAAAAAUAGAGUAAAUAUUGGAAAUAGUCUUAUCUCUAGACUCAGAGCCUCUCUGCAAAUCCAGAAAACAUUAUAUAUAUAUAUAUGAUUUUUAGUGAUUUUUUUGGUUAUAAUAGAUGAUUAAGAUGCAUUCAGUAAAUUGUUUUCUUUUUGGUUAUAUCAUCUAUGUAGCAGAUUUUUACCAAAACAAUAUCUAUGCAGCAGAUGAACUUAUAUGUACGUAGCUUUUACACUUUUCUGACACCUUUAUCAUGGCUAGAAUUUACAGGAAAAAAAAAGAUGAUGAAACUAAUGCACUCGUAAGACUAAACUAAUGAGAUGCUUUGAGUUAUCUUAAAUCUUAACUAUGCUUUCGUCGGCGCUUUAGAAUUGUCAAAACACAAUUUUGUGAUCUAAACACUGACACGUGCCUACUAGCUGCAUUGUUUCUAAAGAGUGACCUUAUUUUUUUUUGUAAACUGAAGAGUGACCUUAUUUUCAAUAGUAAAUAUCUUUUCUUUUGUUUUUCUGGUAUUUUGUAAAAAGUAACUGUGGCUGCAAUAUCCUAGGCUCCUAGCUGAGUAAAGUUAGAGCAAAGCUAGUUUAUUAAAAAAGGCAACUAUAAAAUUAGUUUUGCCAAAUAAAUUGAACACAACCGAAGAAAUCUCUCAUGUUGAAUCUAAACUAUACUAAAAGCCAGAUAUAAAGCCCUCUGAGGGGGUCCACGUCGGAUUGAAAAAUUCACCAGUAAUAAUACAGCAUUCAACCACGUCAGCUCAGUCCCUCCUGCGCAUCACUCACAUAUGUUUUUGGGCUUCGUUAAGUUGGGUUGGUCUUCAAGAUGUAUCCAUGCCCUUUCUUAUUAUACGUUGAUGAAGUGUUGCGUUUCAAUUAGGGUUAACUGUUCUUCUUCUUCCCUUCUCCAGAACUGAUAUUUCUUAGGUGUUCUCGAUCGCUCUUUCAUCUUCUUCGUUAGAUGCCAAAACGAAACCAGUAACCGGAAAUAAUAUUAAAACCCUCCGUUAAUCUCUUGCACACUAUCUCUAUUUAAUGCAAUUUCUGUUUCUGUAAGGCGGUGGAGGUUCAUCUAUAAAAAGACGGGACACUCUUCCUCUUCUGUUGAAGACGGAUUGCUUCGUUUCUGGGAGUCCAGGAUUUUCCACCGUGGUAGAGAACUUAUGGGAGUGGAUAUGCUCUUACUAAAUUCUCAGGUUACCUGGAAGAAGCGGAAGCUCUACAGCAAAGAUUUUAGGGAAAGAUAUGGAGACAAGGCGAAAAGGGCUUUUGAGUGGAGAAGGAACACCUGAGUCCGUGAGUGGCAGGCAGGACAGAGUCUACAGUGUUCUUAAAAGAGGAAGAAGAUGAUAGUCUUUUGAUUUUUGGAUGGUUUUUCAUGAGAAAAUCGAUGACAUAUGUUUCACUUGAGGUUGAAUUGCGGAAAAGCUUUCCAAAGAAGAGAUUCUUAGUGUAACGUAUAACAAACUCAAAAAAGCAUUAUUCAAAGAUUCGACAUCAAUCUUGACAACUUGGACAUCAGUAGCCAGUCACAAUGCUUGCUUGGAGCCCUUAGCUAUUGCAGGUCUGAUUCCUUACAUCAAAAGUUCUGAUUUUUUUUCUUACUCCCUGUCUAAUGAUCAAGAAGUUUUUAAUACAAUUUGAUUUUAUAUAUCAAUGAAUUAUACUUACAACAUCUUUCUCAUAGGUGUUUUGAUGAUUUAAGCAUUUAGUUGGUUACUUUUUGGUUUACACUUGGUCAAUAUCAUCUUCCUCUGUGUUCAUAAGCUUAAUCUAUGACCUUUGUGAUUUAUUUUUUUCAAUUGUUCAUAUUAUAAAGGUAAAUUGAAUUUGGAGUUUGCCGUUUGAAUGGUAAGGGUCUGCAUUAAGCUUGGUUUUUAGGACCAAUCAGACACUGUCACACCUCUGUGCAAGGUCUUCAUCAAGAUAUCAGCAAGAGAUGAAUCACAAAGAAGGACACGAAAUCUGAAGUUUGGCAGUAUAAUCUACAAUGCUGCAAAGAUUAUUUUUGAUAUCAUUAUCUUUCUUCUCUUAACAUGUUAGCCGUAUAAUUGUGUGCGUAAAGUAAUGCAUGAUGACAAGUCAAAACUUUUACUUGGCAUAAUGAGUUUUUUUUCGUUGUCGCUUUAUACUUUUUUGUAAAGUUAUGACGUCAGUUCCACCAGGCAACAAAACAUGUUAAUAGGAAGGAGAUGUUCAGUAGACUUCAAGCAUCACCAAUGAAAUCGACGUGCCAUUAACCAGUACUACAAAGCUCUUUGUAUUAUGCUCUAGAGAUUAAAUGUUUUUUGGUCAACGGAACGGCUUAUAAAUUAACCGUAUUACAAAGCUCUUUGUCUUAUGCUCCCGAUAAAAAAACAAACGGCUUAUAAGAUUAGGAAAACCACCAAUCAGUCUCCGCACACAUAAAAUUAGGCAUAAGUUUAUUUAUCUAGAAUUGAAGAACCAAACCAUACGGACUAAAAAUAUUGAAACCAAAACCGAAUCAAAUGUGUUUGUUGCAGACACAUCAACACAUCAAGGAAAGGUCCAAAUACAAAAAUUACAAUUAUUUUUGAAAUUUUUCAAUCACUAUUUAACUUUGAAUCCAAUCAAAAUUUUUAUCUUUUUUUUGUUAACAAUUAAUAAUGUAGUUAAAGUACAUAAUUUAAUCUCAAAUACAUAAAUUUUACAAAAUAAAUAGAAAAUUCAUAAAGCAAGAAUGUUAAAAUAACCACCAAACUUAUGUUCAGAUCAUAAAAAAUGGUAAAAACCCACAACCAAUGGUUACUCCAUAAUCAAAUUAAAGAUUCACAAAGAUUAGUUUAAUAACAAGACAUAAAAAAAAAAAAAAAAUUCUGAAAAUGCAUAAGAUAACUUGAGCUUAGCCAAAAGUUUAGUCAAUUGGUGGUUUGUAGUUUCUUACAGGCUUCCUCCUGCUCCAAGUUUCCUUUAAACACUCCCAAUAUAUCUGAAUGUCUUUUUCGUUGUUAAAUAAGUUUGAAAUUCCAACAAAAAUUUAGCAAACAAAUCAUACAUUUAGUAAAUAAUUCAUAAUAUAAUUCUAAAAUAAAUAAUUUCAGUAAUAAAUAGAGUAAUUGAUAAGAAUGAAAAGAAAUCAAAUAAAAAUGUAAGUACACUCCUACAUAAAAAUAAAAAGGUUUAUGUUUUUAAUAUUAAUAGCGUAUAUAAGAAAAAAAAACAUACAAUUAUGUUUUACAAAUUAUAUAUCAACUAUUCGAAACUAAAAUGUUAAACUAAAAACAAUAUAUUAAAACUUCUGUCCGACUAUCCUAAAAACCAUUAUAAAAAAAGAGAACUCUCUCAUUCUAAAGCUGGCAAGUCAAUAAUUAGACUUCUCAGUGCGCGACCAUCCCUAUCCCACAAACACAAAACUCAUCGUUUCAUUUAAUUUAAAAUUCUAAUUGUUGCCGGUUUUACUAUGUGUUUGGGUCUUAGGAUGAAGAGACCACCCGACCGGCCCGAUAGAGUCGACCCCAAUCUUCUCUUUACGCCGUAGGGUUCAUCUCCUAUUUUUGCUCGAUUGCGACAUCUGAUCUUCAUCACCGAAACACUUCCAGUUAAUUAAAUCAACCAGAUGUAGUCUUGAAUGCGAGGCGGUGUAAGUAUAUAAGGUUAGCCUUCCUCCUCUGAAAACCAUCUUUUGAAUCAAUCACGCAGUAAGUUUACUUUCUGACAAAUGACUAACUCAUUCAUCUUCCUUUCUGUUUGAAGACUCGGUGCUGCUCCUCCACUGAUUGAGAUGCCGAAGUUGAUGACAAAGAGUGGACCUUCGAUUGAGGUUUGUAGAAUUUCUCAAAUAAUUGCAAAAAAUCACUUUCAGGAAUCGAUCAUACUAUUCUGUCUCCUUCAUGGUAUCUUCGCAUGUUCAUCAUAAGUUUCUUCUAUGAACUUCUCAUAUUUCUUAAGGUCGGUUGUGGAUUAUUUAAGAAGAUUUUAUUUUCUUGGUUUCAAAUUUUCUUGGCACAUACAAAAAAUAACAAGUGUCAAGUUCAAUGCAUGAGUUUAAAGAACAACUUUUAAUAACAAAUAAAAAGAUUAUCAUCAAGAAAACAAAACUAAGAAGAACUUUCCAUCAUCUUCCAACUUAUCUAUAUAUUCAUAAGUCAGUCUUGCUAAUUUGCCAAACUAAUAAAACAAAUCUAUUACAAAAAUGUGAGUAGAUAAAACUAAUAAAAUUAUAUACAACACUGAAAUAACAUAAAUCAGAUAAUCUCCAUCCUUUUAUACCAUAUUCUAUAUUCUUAAUAGUUUAUAAACAUGUUUAUUCUAUAAAAUUUGAUAUUCACACAAAAAUCAAUAGUUAAAUGUCUACAAGCAAUUUUCCGCGCGUAGCGCGGACAAACGAUCUAGUAAAGUUAACGAUGGUUGAUUGUGAUAAGUGAUAACACUAAUUAAUUUUCUUCAAUAGUAUAGUUUAGCAGACUUUAUUUGACCCGCGACUUUUGUAAUUAAACUAAGUAUUGUCUUCUUGGUCCCAUUUCAUGAUAUGCUUAUUCAAGAGAAGGACGAGCCAUGUUAUGAUUCGAUUUAAAUAACGAUACGUCUAUAUACUUUCCAGAUGGAUAUGAUAUUUUAUAAAACACUGUCACAUAUAUACGACUGUUUGUUGAUUUUUUUUCUUACAGCAGGAAGCAAAAUUCAAUUCGAAGUUUUAUUGGAAAAGUAAAUUCUAAUAUUUUAACGUCGGCUCUCAAGACCGGUCAAAACAAAUGGUGUAUAUAAACUCUAUCCACGUAGCUAUACAUUUACAUAUAUCAUUUGUUAAACAAAUUACCUUAUAUUCAAUCCCAAAACGUAAGUUUUCUUAUCUUUCAAAUUGUAAGAUCUACCACAAUGUCUUCUCAUGAUCUUGUUCACUUCGUUGUAAUACCCUUUAUGGCUCAAGGCCAUAUGAUCCCACUGGUCGACAUCUCUAAGCUCUUGUCCCAGCGUCAAGGUGUGACUGUCACCAUCAUCACAACUACUCAAAACGUAGCCAGGAUUAAGUCCUCACUCUCUUCUUCCUCUAUCUUUUCGACUAUCAACAUCGUUGAAAUUAAAUUUCCCUUUCAACUAGCUGGUCUACCUGAAGGGUGCGAGAGUGUAGACAUGCUAGACUCAGCAGGCGAUUUGGUUAAGUUCUUUCACGCGGCAAACACGCUCGAGGAACAAGUCGAAAAGGCUAUGGAGAAGCUGGUUCAGCCACGACCGAGCUGCAUCAUUGGAGAUAUGAGCCUUCCUUUCACGUCAAGCCUUGCCAAGAAACUCAAGAUUCCCAAACUUCUCUUCCAUGGAUUUUCUUGUUUCAGCCUUGCAUGCAUACACGUGGUUCGAGAAAGUGGGAUAUUGAAAGCUGUAGAAUCUGAGGACGAGUAUUUUGAUUUGCAUGGGUUGCCUGAUAGACUUGAGUUCACUAAACCUCAGAUCUCAGUCCUUCAGCCUGUUGAAGGAAUUAUGAAAGAGGGUACUGACAAGAUUAUUGAAAGUGAUAUUGACUCUUAUGGUGUUAUUGUGAACAGCUUCGAAGAGUUAGAAGUUGAUUAUGUAAGAGAAUAUAAGAAAGCAAGAGGAGGAAAAGUAUGGUGUGUAGGACCUGUUGCCUUGUGCAAUAACUUAGAGUUUGACAAAGUUAAGAGAGGAGACAAGGCUUCCAUUGGUCAAGACCAAUGCCUUCAUUGGCUUGACUCGCAAGAAAAGGGUUCAGUGCUCUACGUUUGCCUUGGUAGUCUAUGCAAUCUCCCCUUGGCUCAGCUCAAGGAGCUAGGUCUAGGCCUUGAGGAAUCUAAUAAGCCUUUCAUUUGGGUUAUAAGAGAAUGGAGAAAAUAUGGAGGGCUAGGGGAAUGGAUGGAAGAUAGUGGAUUUGAAGAGAGGAUCAAAGAUAGAGGACUUGUGAUCAAUGGUUGGGCACCACAAGUGUUCAUCCUGUCACAUGCAUCAAUUGGAGGAUUCUUGACUCAUUGUGGAUGGAACUCGACCCUAGAAGGAAUUAGUGCAGGAGUUCCACUACUGACAUGGCCUUUGUUUGCUGAACAAUUCUACAAUGAGAUGUUAGUUGUGAAGAUACUAAAAGCAGGAUUAAAGAUAGGAGUAGAGAUAUCCAUGCAAUAUGGGAAAGAAGAAGAGAUUGGAGUGACGGUGAGUAGAGAAAGUGUGAGAAAGGCUGUGGAUGAGCUGAUGGGUGAUAGUGAAGAAGCACAAGAAAGAAGAAGAAGAGUCAAAGAACUUAGUGGCUUGGCAAAUAAGGCUUUAUUGGAAGAAGGAGGAUCUUCACAUUCUAAUAUCACAAUGCUCAUUCAAGACAUCAAAGAGAAAUCACAAUCUCAAAUAUAACUAAUGGAGAGUUCAGUUAUUGUUGUUAAGAAUGUUGUUUCUAAAUAUAUUUUUAAAGCUUCACGUUAAAAAAAAAAAUAAGUUUUUGUCAAAAAAAGUUAAUUAGGCUUAGCCUUUUGUAAAAAUUAUUUCAAAAAAUCCAAAAAAAAAAAAUCAAAUUUUCAUACUCUAAUAUUAUUAUGCCCCAUUAUUGUUGAAGAAGUCCAAUUUUCUUGUUCUUUCUAACCCAAAAUCAGUUGGAAUAGAUAUAGCUGCAGGUUCAAUCUACUAAUAAUAGCAAUCCCAAUUAAUUCCAAAGGUUGUGUGCUUUUAUAGGAAAUUUGGAAUCUCAAUUUUUGUUAAAGGUUGUGUUUGUUCAUUAAGGUGUUUUUUGAUUAAAGGUUGUAUCUCUUCAAUAGUUUCUAAUCUCAAUUUUUUUUUCACAUUUAUUGGAAUGUUUUCAUUUUUUUUUAUUUAAAUGUAUACAACUUUACUAGUAAUCUUAAAUAAUUCCAACAUAUAUGUCUUUUCAUUAUAAUUUACUUAUGACUGUUUAUUAAUAACCAUUAAUGGUAGGUACUUUUUCGUUUAUAACUGUUUUCACUUUUUAAAAUUGUAUCUUUCUAAUUUAUGUCUUUUCAAUUAUAUUUAAGGGUGUCUUUUCUAAAAGUUCUAUUUUGUAAUGUUGUGUCUUUUCCAAUUAAUUCCUAAGGUUGUGAACUUUAGUUAUGUUGAAAGGUUGUGUCUUUUGAAAAAUAUGUGUAGAGAGUUGUGUCUUUUCUAAAAGUUCUAUGCUGUAAGGUUGUGUCCUUCUAAAAAUUGUCUAAAAGUUGUGACUAUUUAUAAGUAUCUUUUAAAAAGUGAGAAGUUGUGAGUAUUAGAAAAAUGCGACUAUUCAGAUUGAAGGAUUGUGACUAUUCAAAUAGGUUUUAAAAAAUCUAUAAAUAGUCUCUUCCAUGCAUUUUUCAAAUUAAAUUUUCACUAAUCUACUUGUUUUUCAAAAAUAGUAUUAUAUGUAUUGUGUGUUUAACGUCUGCUAUGGAUUGUGUGUUUCAUAACAGUAAAUUAUUUUUUCCGUUUAAUACUACUUUUGACUUGGAAAUUUUUUAUAUUUUCCACUUAUUUAUUUUCAACCUAAAUGUUUUUAAAAAAUUGUUUAAAAAAUCAUUAGAACGAUUUAAAUGAAUUAUUUGCAAUCAUUUAAAUAAAUUAUUAUUAUAAUAGUUUGGAUGAAUAUUUGUAACUGUUUAAAUGAACCAAUGCAAUUUUUGAUUGUUAACCAUUGCAAUCUUUGGUGGUUAACCAUUGCAAUUUUUGGUCUCUAUAUAUAUAAUAGUUGUGAACAAUGAAAAAGAUGCAACAAAAUAUUGAAAAAAAAAAGAAAGAGAUCGAUUUUUUUUAAAUAAACACUAUUUCAAGGCCAGAAGAUAACAAUCCCAUAGGGAGAGACAAACAAUGUCACAAUAAUGAAACAAAACCCAAAAAAGAAAGAAAUAGACUCGGUGUUUGUGGGAAUAAGAAAAAGUAACUGUUUCCUUUCAAUAAAAAAAGGAAUCUCCAACAGAGAUUGCAUAUACAAUUGUAUUGAAAGGAUGUGAUAUGAUAACUCUUAAAUUCAUAUUUGCAACCGAGUCUGCGUGAAAUUGUGAAUUCAACAACUGGUUAAAGAGAGAAAGCAUUGAUUUUGAAAAACGUGUUCGAUGCAAUAAUGAUACGAGGAGAAAAGGAGUGAAUUGUAUGAUGGAAUUGAUCAAACACCAAUCACAGUUAUUGAAGUAAAUUAAAAUUAGUGAAAAUUAAGGGGCAAGGGAGCCACGGUAAACGCCAGCAGUAUCCCCAAAGUCAGAGCAAAUGAGAGGUGCUCCCUGUUCUUCUUUGGAUCGUCGUGAAAGAGAGAAACAGUUACAAGAUUACACACGAGUUUUACUACUUACAAAUGAAAUUUUGUUUGUAUCUUUAGAAAAUGCAUGUGUUUCAAAGAUAUUAGAAGCACAUGAAAAAUGGCAAGAUGCAAUGAAAAAGCAUCACUUUAGUGAUACACCGUAUUAAUCGAAAACUAGAUUCUGACCCACCCUUAAAACAAUGAGUAUAUUUUUUGUUUUACAUUUUUUUUUAAAUUUAAUUUUUAAAUUUAUGACUUUUAGUUAUAUUUGUGCUUUUCUUUGUAUAUUUAUAACAUGUGUACUUUUGGAAAGCAUUUGGUACAACAUAUAUUUUAUAAAAUAUAUGAUAUAUCUAUUUUUCUAAAAAUGAGUUUUCGUGCGAUAUCGCAUGAGUUCUUUACCUAGUUACAUCAAGAAAAAUAAGCGAAAAUGGUUGUUAGAUCUCUAUAUUUCUGUGAAUUUGAGAUUAAACUGCCGUUAACAGAAUGACACGACAUAAAUCAUUCAUAUCUGCCUGAAGAAUUCAAUUAAUAGCACAUUGAAAUCAAGCUAAUUUGUAUCAACCACUAAAAUAACACAUCUUUGGUAUAUAAAUAACUUACACUAACAAUUGUGAGAUAUUUGGAUCGAUGCCCAAUUAAUCUCUUAAGGAAGACAAUAUUGAUGACUAAUUCGCUUCUGAGUUCUUUAGGGAGAUUUGAAACAUGGUCCAUCUUGGUCUCACCAAAUGAUAUCAAUUUUGUUUAUAUCAGCAAUCGAACCUAGCUCCAACGGUUUUAUGAUGUGCUUCUAAUUAAUCCUUACCUUUCUAAUUAAUCCUACCUAUGUUUUGGUUUUUCUUCGUUUAAUAUUAGUAUAUUUACAAAUAACGAAAAAUCAAAUUUGACAUGGUAAACUGAGUAGUAAUCCCUUAUGUUUCAAACGCAUUUUUUUAUAUUUAAAAGUGCGACAGCUGUAGUUUUCGGAAAUAUUGCAUAGAAGUUUCUUAAAAUAUCUGAAACUUCGUAUUCAUGUCUUUGAUUUAAUUUCAGUUUUGCAUGUAUCAUAUGGUUUAAUCAGUUUUAUUACUAGUUUAGUUUCGUCUAUAUAUAUAUAUAUUUGUUUAUAUAAUUAGUAUAUAUUUUUAAGGUUAUUUAUAUAUUUGAAUGUGUAUGCAACUUUUUCAAAUACAAUAAUUUUCAUUUUUUUGCUGUAAAUUAAUUAUUUCAAAUCAUCACAUAUAUAUAUUGCUUUUUAUUAUAUAUUUGACAUAUUGAUUUUGUGUUUGAUUAUAAAACCAAAUACUUUAUGCACGAAAAGAAAACAUAUUUAAAAAUUAAUUUGUA